CAUGUUGGCCCAUCAAAUGGACUACCCUUCUGAGGAUCAGAGUUCUCUUUUAACGGCGUUACGUUUCUUGUCUGUUCUUUGAUAUCUGGUCGCCGCCGUUAGAUUUAGGGUUAGAGGACAGAGUCCCCACGGCAACUGUUAAAGACAUCAACGACCAACAACUCAGGAGCAACAAGUGAACUGUUCCGCAUCAUUUAAUAUCAGUCUAACAAAAAGAACAACUUAAGAUGAAAACUAGAAGUAUGUACAAAGCUGAACGAUUCGUAGAUAGAAUCAGCACGCUUCCUCAAUCCAUAUUAGACACCAUCCUAUCGCUUUUACCAACUGAAGAGGCGGCAAGGACAAGUAUUCUCUCAACGGAAUGGAGGUACAAGUGGACCACUAUUCCUAAACUUUGGUUUACUUUGCAUAAAAGAACUUCUGAGCUAACAUCCGACAUAGCAAGUACAAUGAAAGACAUGGACAUGCAUGAUGUAUACCAAGUUUUGUUGCUGCGCCAAGGUCCAAUACACGAGUUCGCCCUUGUUAUGGAUGAUUACUGGCAACAUUACCACUAUUUUGAAUUUGAUGUGAUAAUACUUCAUUUGUCGAGGAACCAUCCUGUCAAGAAACUAAGACUUGAUGGACUUGAUGGAUCAGAGGACAUUUGGAGUGAAUUACCCAAAUGUGUUUUCACAUUGCAUCACUUAACGGUAUCACUAGAUGAAUUUGAUGGAUCUGAGAAUAUUUGGUAUAAAUUACCCAAAUCUGUUUUCGCAUUGCAUCACUUAACGGACCUCUAUCUUUGUAAAUUUCAUAUUGAGCAUCCAUCGAUAUUUAAUGGCUUUGGUAGCCUUGGAAGCUUAUGCUUGAUUUAUGUAAAGAUCUCUACACAAACUCUUCUACAUCUUUUAUCCAAUUGUCCAUCACUUAAGAACUUGAAUCUCAAUAUAGAUGAAUCGGGUGAUAAAUGCACUAUUAAUGAGCUACUCUUGUGUUUACCUGUGAUUAAGCAUCUGACUUUGUCUGGGGAUGUCUCUCAGUGGCUAGUUCUAGACUCGGUUACGCAAGAGCUUCCAACCUCACUAAUCCACCUCAAAUCGUUAUGUUUGAAUCAAUCUUGUCUUUCUUGGGGCAACGGAUCAGCUUUACUUCUUGCUUUGAUCAAAUGCUCCCCGAACUUGGAGGAUUUGCACCUAGAGAUAGAGUGCGAUUUGGACUUCUCCGCCAUAAAGGAUAAAUAUUCAGACGUUUGGUUGGAGCAUCUGAACGAAUUGGGUCUCUGUUUUGGCAGCAACAAUCUUGAGACGGAGUUUGUAAAGUUUUUAUUGGCUAGGUCACCUAAGCUGAAGAAGGUGACCAUACUCACUGCGGUAGAUCGGAAAACAGAGUCGAAGAUGUUUAAAACGCUCUUACGGGCCCCACGUGCGUCUCCCAACGUUAUAAUUACCAAAUUUAAUUUUCUUAAGAAGUAAUGUUGAGAUUUAGGAUGAUAAUGUAAUGUUUGUAUGGUUACUUUUCUAAGGUAUCAGUUAUUUGAGAUUUGUGACUUGUUAUUAGUUAUCCGGUAUUGUGGUCAUUUUUUGGUCCA